ACGUAACAACACAAGCGCUCAACUGGCAGAGUGGGUGACGUGUAGCGGGUAGCAAUAUUACCGAAGCAGGAAAAUAUCUCACAAUAAAUACGAUAUAUAGUAGGGGUGUCAUGGGGGGAUUGCAGAGUGUCGAGAUACCGGGAGGAGGAUCCGAAGGCUACCAUGUUCUUCGGGUUCAGGAGAACUCUCCGGGACACCGGGCAGGACUGGAGCCUUUCUUUGACUUCAUCGUCUCCAUCAACAAUGAAAGACUGAACAAGGACAAUGACACCCUGAAGGACCUAUUGAAAGCCAGUGUGGAGAAGCCGGUCAGGAUGCUGGUCUACUCCUCUAAGACCCUGGAGCUCAGGGAGUCCACCGUCAUCCCUAGCAACCUCUGGGGUGGCCAGGGCCUGCUGGGAGUCUCCAUACGCUUCUGCAGCUUCGAGGGAGCCAAUGAGAACAUCUGGCACGUGCUGGAGGUGGAGCCUAACUCUCCAGCAGCCCUGGCUGGCUUGCGGCCCCACACUGAUUACAUCAUAGGAGCCGACACCGUUAUGAACGAGUCGGAGGACCUCUUUUCUCUGAUAGAGACCCAUGAAGGGAAGGGGCUGAAGCUGUAUGUCUAUAACACAGACACAGACAACUGCAGAGAGGUGGUCAUCACCCCGAACAGUGCCUGGGGAGGGGAGGGCAGUCUGGGAUGUGGGAUAGGAUACGGAUACCUGCACAGAAUUCCCACCCGACCAUUUGAAGAGGGGAAGAAGAUCUGUUUUCCAGGUCCUAUUCCCAGUGGUGAGCCCAUCAGCCCGCUCAAGGAUGGAUUUACUCAGGUUCAGCUGUCAGCUGUAACCCCUCCGCCUGUCAUGCCUUCUGUCCCCACGGGGCUCGAGGAUUCGCUGUCCGGCCUGUCAAUCAGCUCAGCCCCGCCCACUAUCCCAAGCGAGUUUCAGACAGGUCUCCCCACUGUUCCCCUGCUGCCCACCUCUAUCAGCCCCUCCCUGAGCCCCCUAAACCCUGCCUCCACGACCUUCAACCCCGCCACCACGCUACCAGGUCUGAUGCCUAUCCCGGGCAGCUUCUCCCUACUUCCAAACCUCACCAACCUCAACCUCGGCGCACUACCAGACCUCAGUGCUGUGUCGUUAGCAGGUUUCCCUCCACUCGUCCCCCUCCCUCCUCUGAACCUGCCCGGUCUCGCCCCCCUCCCCCCCAUGCCCACCAUGCUGUCCCAGCUACCACUCCUGCCCCCAGGGGUAACAUCUUUUCCCCCGGUCGACCUCUCUUCCCUCACCCUUCCAACAGUCGCCCCAGAGAAGCAGACCCUCCCUGAUGCCACAGUUCCCUCUACUGCCACCGAAUCAGCUGUCGCCUCGGGAACCUCCCCCACGGAAUCACAGGCUUCCACAGAGACAACGUCGUCGUAACACAGGAAGAGUCUCAGACCCAGAACCAAACCUACCAGUUUCUCUGUCUCCUUCUCUCUCUCUUUCACCCUCUAUUUAUUUAGCCAGGAGGGAGAGAAGCAUAUUUCCAGCAGUGAGGCUGGCGCACUCAGAAGGCAGUCAGUUGGAAACUUGGAGCAGAGGAAUGAAUGAUGGACAGAUGGGAUGAAGGAGUGGCAGUGGCUAGAAGCAGAGUAGCCCUACCAGCCUGUCUGUCCCACCCAGCCUCAGUUUCAUACAAAAUUUGAAUUCUCUUCUGUACAUCAGCUUUUUUUUAUAACCUCCCAACCCUUUAGUAAACCCAGAAAUGUCUUUAGUUAGAAAUGUCUUCAUAUAUUCAUUUUGGUUAAAUUGCUUACCGUAGAUUGUUUCUGUUAAAGGGGCAAUCUGCAUUUCUUAUAAAUUAAUUAUAUGUACCAAUUAAUUCUUGAGCCCCAUUCUACCCCAAGAUAUAAGCUUGUUUUACACCAAUGUUGGUAAACAAAGUAGAUGUGAACAAACACAAAACAUGCCUAAAACUAACUUUAAUUUUGAUAUCAUGAAUGUUCAGUCCUUGCAUUUCUCCAUCCCCAUCCCUAAGCUUUUUACCGAAACCGGGGCAGGGAGUACGGUUUGUUUCAACUGCUGAUUGCUGCUUUAAAGAAUGAAAUCUGCAUUAUUUUAUGCCACAUUUGUGUGUUGAAAUCAUCAGGUAUGCAUGCAUGCUUGUACCUAUGUAAUACAUUUCUAUGCAUUGUUAGUUUCAACAAAACUCUAAAACCUUGAGGGUGCUAAUUACUAGAUGUCUAUACAAGACGUGACCAAAAUUGAGAUAUCGUCAGAACUAUGAACCAUUUGUGGCUGGGGUAGGGUAUCUGGUUAAAAUCAUCUGUUACGCGCUGUAGUACCAUCCGGGAUAGAACAAUGAGCCUAAUGUUUCACGGUAUGUAUAAAUCGGAAGCAUCCAGUUGGCAUUUCCUCUCACCUCCAAAUAUGGUGAUGAGAGGAAGCCCAGUGUCCAGCAGUGAGAGAAGAUGGCCCGAGAUGGAUUCUGGCUGACAUUAUACACAUUUUCUCAUCAAUUUUUUUUAAACAUUUGAUCUCAAUACAGUUCUGUUCCCAAAACUCGAAUAUGUUACAAACAGAGUGGACUAACUACCCUUUGCAAAAGUUUUUAAAAAUAGGAGUUGUUCAGGAAUGCAAGGACGAAUUGAGUUAUUGCACACACACACUUCAGAGUAGACGUUCCUUAAUGGUAAUAUGCAAAAACAUGCUAGAACACGCCAAUAGGAUCUUUCUAGCUCUUGCUUGGCUCUGCCCACUAUGAUUAAUUUGCUCCCAUUGGAAAUGACAGGCUGUGGUCUCUUGGGUUUAGUUAGUCAAACAGUAAGGCAUGAGGGAGUGUGAUAUAUUUUGACAAUAUACCACGGCUAAGGGCUGUUCUUAAGUAUGACGCAACGCUGAGUGCCUGGAUACAGCCCUUAGCCCUGGUAUAUUAGCCUUAUACCACAAAUCCCCAAGUUGCCUUAUUGCUAUUAUGAACUGAUUACCAACAUAAUGUUUUGUCAUACCCAUGGUAUAUGGUCUGAUAUACCACGGCUUUCAGCCAAUCAGCAUUCAGGGCUCGAACCACCCAGUUUAUAAAGUAUUUGGUACUGUCCUCUGGCAUGGCCAGAUGGUUGGAAAUGGAAGGCGCAGUGGGGUUGUUCAACCAAAUGAGGGCACUGUUCCAACUUUAUGUUAACGUCCUGUGCAUACAUACUCGAGCAAUAAAGCCAAUGGAAUUUUA